CCACCCAGUGUUUCCUGAUCCUCUUCCCUCAACCAGGAAGCUGAAUGGGCUGGAACAAAGACAUUUAAAAGCUGUGUCAGCCGCCGCUGGUCUGGGACAGACAGACAGAAGGAGGGGGACAGGUGGGGCAGCAUGACAGGUUGACUGAGAAACCAGGUGGACAGUGGGAGCGUCGACUGGCCGGCAGGUGACGAGAUAGGCUGGUAGGUGGGCAGGCAGAUAAUAGAGACACAGACAGGCUGAAACGGCAACAGCCACAUGGAGGACCCAGCAGGCAGAGAGACAAGAACCUGGAGGUGGCCCACCAUGGGGUCCAGCAUCUUUUGGCUCCUGUGUGUUAUUGGUCUCAGCCACGCAUCCACAGAGAAGAUUUAUAAUGGCACAGAGUGUGUUCCUCACUCGCAACCUUGGCAGGUGGGGCUGUUUGAAGGCGCCAACCUGCGCUGUGGGGGGGUCCUCGUGGACCGCAGGUGGGUCCUUACAGCUGCUCACUGCAGCGGCAGCAGGUACUGGGUGCGCCUGGGGGAGCACAGCCUCAGUCGCCUGGACUGGACAGAACAGAUCCGGCGCAGCGGCUUCUCCGUCACCUACCCUGGCUACCAGGGAAGCCAGAGGAAUCAUGAGCACGACCUGCGGCUGCUGAGACUGGGCACUCCUGUCCUCCUGACCCGCAGCGUCCAGCCCCUGGCCCUUCCCACCAGCUGUGCGGCACCUGGCACUCAGUGCCACAUCUCGGGCUGGGGCACCACCAACCAACCAUGGAACCCCUUCCCAGACCUGCUCCAAUGCCUCAAUAUCUCCAUCGUCUCUACUGCCACCUGCCGAGCCGUGUACCCUGGGAGAAUCACGGACAACAUGGUGUGUGCGGGCGGUGUCCUCGGGGAGGAUGCCUGCCAGGGCGACUCUGGUGGCCCCCUGGUGUGUGGAGGCGUCCUUCAGGGUCUGGUGUCCUGGGGGUCCGUGGGGCCUUGCGGGCAAGGAGGCAUCCCGGGAGUCUAUACCAAUAUUUGCAAAUAUGUGAACUGGAUCCAGAGGGUCAUACAGAACAACCCCCGGAGCCCCAGCCCCAGAGCCCAAGACCCUGGGGCCUGCCCUCUCCCCCUCCAGGCCAUGACGAUUCUGCGAUUAAUCAUACUUGCGCUGGUGACAGGGCAUGUAGGGGGAGAGACCAGGAUCAUCCAGGGGCAUGAGUGUCACCCUCACUCUCAGCCCUGGCAGGUGGCUCUCUUCCAGAACACACGGCUGCUGUGCGGAGCGACGCUCAUCGCCCGUAAAUGGGUCCUGACUGCUGCCCACUGCCGCAAGCCCCAAUACACAGUUCACCUGGGGGAGCACAACCUCCACCAGCGGGACCGCUACACGCAGAUUCGCAUCGCCACGGAGUCCUUCCCGCACCCAGACUUCAACGACAGCGUGCCCAACAAAGACCACCGCAACGACAUCAUGCUGGUGAAGAUGGCGGCGCCAGCCUUCAUCACCUGGGCCGUGCGGCCCCUCACCCUGUCAUCCCACUGCGUCUCUCCGGGCACCAGCUGCCUCAUUUCUGGCUGGGGCAGCACGUCCAGCCCCCAGUUGCACCUGCCCCACACCUUGCGCUGCGCCAACAUCACCAUCAUUGACCACAAGGACUGUGAGAACGCCUACCCUGGCAACAUCACAAACACCAUGGUGUGUGCAGGUGUCCGGCAGUCUGGCAAGGACUCCUGCCAGGGCGACUCUGGAGGUCCUCUGGUCUGUAAUGGGUCUCUUCAAGGCAUUAUCUCCUGGGGCCAGGACCCAUGUGCUAUCACCAGAAAGCCUGGUGUCUACACGAAGGUGUGCAAAUACGUGGACUGGAUCAAGGAGACAAUGAAGAACAAUUAA